UAAUAAUUAUAAUUAUAUUAUUAUCUGAAGCAGCUAAAUCAUCUGACAAAAUAUCACCCGAGAUAUCUUCACAAUCUUAUGUGUUCACAGACUUCUCAGACAACUGUAACGGUGAAAUGUUUGCCGUGUUAAUUGUUCCACAAAAAUCAAUUAGAAACUCUUAAGUCUUUUCCCGCGAGGUCUACCUUCAGAAGUCAAUGGAUAAUCGAGCUAGUCUCAGUUGUAUAGUAUUAUAUCGCGCGAAAAAGAUGAAAAUCCUUAUCAUUUUGACUGUGUGCCUUUUUUCUCGAAGUCUUGCCGAACAAUCACAUAAUGAGAGUUUCCAUUCGAGAGAAAAGCGUUUCCUUAUCUUCCCACCAACCGCACCCACGCGUCAUCAAUUCAUUUUCGGGAUUGGUAUUCCCCUGGAUUUGGAAUCAAUUGCCGUUACCACUGGAUAUGUAUUCAAGGCGCAGUACUUUCUUCCUACUAAACCUGAAGAUUUACGCAUAAGUCCAAUCUGGGAAUCAAAGAAAACCCGCCGUGAUCUUCCGAGAGCUUACCCGGAAAAUCCAUUGGCCUCAUUUGAUGGCCAUAAGGAAGUGUACAAUGUGGAUAAGGUGCUUGUAGAAGAAUCCCAAAUUAAUGAGAAUUCAUUAGCUGUAGAUGAGGAAGAUUGGGAUUGGAUGAAAGAGGACAAGGGAGACAAUGACUCCAAUGAAAUAGAAGAUGUACCGACUUCAAGAUUCCCAGGAAAUGAUUUUAACAUUGAUCAUACCCGAUGGCAUUUGUACAAAGGAUUAGAAGCAAUUUCUAUUGAGCGCAGUUUUGGAGGCCGUGCAUGUGUUCUACGGGCAAUUUGUGAGACUGCUGAAGUACCCUUCAAUCGAAAAAGUGGAAUCCUGGCCGAACUUAUUCAUAUAAUCCUGACUCCAUCAACAACAAAUGAACCAUUAUCGCAGCAUUCUGAUAAUGAAUACUUCAGAGCAGAACAAAUCGGACGUUCUGGAAUUUCCUGCAGCCGGGAAUUUAGUGAAUGUUCAGUCUCCCUUCUAGAUAUUGUUACAUCUGUCCACGACCCCCUCGUGGACGAAAUAGUGAAAAUCCUGGCGUAG